AGACGAGAAGAGAAGAGAUUGAAGAAGUAAGUAAGAAAGAAAAAAAUGGGAAAGGGAAGGUUAGAGUUAAAGAGAAUAGAGAACAAAAUAAACAGGCAAGUUACAUUUGCAAAGAGAAGAAAUGGUCUUCUGAAGAAAGCUUAUGAACUUUCUGUUCUUUGUGAUGCUGAAGUUGCACUCAUCAUCUUCUCUACUAGAGGCAAACUCUAUGAGUUCUCUAGUACCUCAAGCAUGUUGAAAACACUGGAGAGGUAUGAAAAAAGUAGUUUUGGACCACCAGAACAAAGAAAACCAGCUAAGGAGGAUCUUCAGGAACAAAGCAGUUACCAGGAAUACAUGAGACUUAAAGAACGCUACGAUGCGCUGAAACAACUCGAAAGGAAUUACUAUGGUGAGGAGAUUGACAAUUUGACCACCAACGAGCUUGAGUCACUAGAAAGACAGCUUCAUUGUUCUUUGAGACAGAUUAGAUCAAUAAGGACUCAAUCGUUGGUCGAUAAGCUCUAUGAUCAACAAAAGAUGGAACACCAACUUUAUGAGUCCAAUAAGACACUUCGUCUCAGAUUAGACGAAGAAAGCCAAGUCGAGGCACUUCAAUGGGAUGCCCAAGCACAAGCAAAUGGAAUGGUUUAUGGGCAUCAUCAACACCAAGUGUCUCAACCCACACGUGACAGCUAUUAUCACCCUAUCGGCUGUGAAACCACUUUGCAAAUUGGGUACCAAACUGACCAAAUGUCAGCAGUGACAUCUAUGAGUAUGAACCAUCAAAUGCACGGUUGGCCAGCAUGAAACAAUAUUCAUUAUUUGCUUUAAAUCUGAUAUUAUGUUUGUGUUCUUAAUGGAUUUCUGUUC